UAAAAUAAAAGGACGAUGCACCCUCUCGUGUUAAGAACAAUUGGAAAUUUCAAACUUAGAAAUCCGUUAGCAGUGUUGCAACAACAUCGUUUUACCCUGGACCGCUUCAAUUAUCAUUUACGGAAUUGCCAAUUAAUAUUAUCAGUCGUAAAAUCACUGAUACGUUUUCACAUCGGCACAUUUACAAAUCCAUCUACUAUAAUCUAUCUGCAUCCAUCAUGCUAUCCAAUUUUGGAAAACUUUAAAAUUAAAACGAACGAAAAUUCUUUACUAAUUGGGGAUACUUCCGAAAAAUGCAGACUAUCCAAGAUAGCCAUAUCUUGUGUGGUACUGUCCGCUUAAAAUUUAAACUACUACAGCUUUAGGACUGACAGGGAACGCUACUCGAUUGACGACAGAAUCACACAGAUUUUUCGACACGAUUCGAAAGGAUAGACAAAAAUAUUUCUAGAAAUGCUAUUGGCAA